GGCGGAAAAAAGGACAAAAAAAAAGCUGAGAAUCUUUUUUACGACGGCACCGCGCGUCUCCUUCGUAGAAAGAUAGAUGCGUAAUAAUUUGUGCGUCCUGUUACAAUAGAUUGACCUACGAUGGUAACAAUAAUUCACGUUAUUCAAGAGUAACAAUUCUUGGUUGGGAAAGGCGUCCAUUUGAUCGGAGGUGUUGUUUCUGUACGAAAAUGGAUUUGACAAACGGAUGAAUCUUUGGCGGCAGAUGGCGCCAUUUUUGACUAACAAUUUCAUUUGAAGACGAUGGAAUUUGGAACGCAGCAUUCGACGGAUUUUGUUGACGGAAAGGAAUUUUCUGAACUGUUGGUUGGCAGUAGUGGCCAAAAGAAAUAAAUAAUCAAAGCGACCAUGAAGUGACAAAUAAAGCUGAAGAACAAUGCUGGUUCUAAGCGGUGAAAAUUAAGUGUAACAUCGUCGAUUGUUCGAAAUCUCGCUGAUAAUAUCGGCUGAGAUUAUUAAAAGGGUGUAAAAAAUAGCUAGCCGCGUUAUGCGGACCUCCUAAAUCACGGGGUUUUCUGGGGGCUGACGUUUCUUCGCCACUCGGACGUGUCCCUAGAGGAGCGUUUUAUCAUUACAUUGAUAAACUCGAGCAGUUUUUACUCGAUCCUCGUCUCGAUGCGGGUAUGAAAACGCUUUGCGAAAACCCCGGAUGGUAACGCGGAAAAUUUGAACACUGAAGGGAACUGAUAUACGAAAGAAUUGGAGACGGUUCCCAAGCAGGUGAUUUUCCCCCCACGAUUAACAACGCUUGUAAUAUCAACAGAAAAACAUGCCUCAAGUUAACACGCGGCUGUUACUAAAUAAGGGUGAUUUUAUGUAACAUUGUCACCGCUUAAUCUCUGCAGUCACCUCCACGUCGUUUUUUUCUGAAAGACAAUCCUUGGCUUCAUUGUCGGACUGUUUGUUUCUCAACUCGAGGGUUGUUAAAAGACUGAUCUGGCCAUGCUGCCUGGUUACAAGUUACCAGUCGCAGUCGUCUGACGCCGUCGUCGCUCGUCUCCGCUGAUACGAAAAUGAAAACGGAGAAAAAAUCGAGCGAACCAACCUGCGUAACGACCACCGUCGUAAAGGAGGAACCUGCCGAUACCGAACAGAUUAAGAUAAAAGAAGAAUCAGGGGGAGCAGGUACAGGCAACAAUGAUAACACAGUCAGGGAGGAAUCGACGGAAUGCCCGAGGGAAUCAAACAUCGAUCAAAACCACCCGGAUGGCACUAUGUCUCAAGACAAUCAAAACGGAGCUAACAAUCAAUCGAUACUUGGAUCAGUAAAACAAGAGAAUGAUCAAAAUCAUCCGGGCGAUGAUUUACAAAGCGAUUGUGCCGCCAACGUUGGACUUUCAUCUGACGGAAUUCAGCCGCUGGUGAGCAAUGUGCUUGGAAAACAAAUGGGUACUGGCACAGGUGGAGGAGAAGCUCAAUACAUGCAGCAACAAAGCCAGAUAUUCGUAUUUUCUACAAUGCUUGCCAAUAAAGGCGCAGAUGCGGUACUGCAAGGACAAUUCCCGUCCAUUAUCGCCUAUCACUGCGCACAGCCAGGCACCAAAAAGUAUCUGGAGAAACACCCGAGCAAAGUCAAUCAGUUUAGGCAAAACCCUGCCCAGUGGUUGAACAACCUUGCAAUGAUGAAACAAAAGAGUCAACAGGGUGGUCCCAACAAUGCUUUUCCCACGGAGCAACCCCCGGACCUACCCGCGUUAGAGCCAAAUGCCCCACCGUUCUGGAAUGAGCAAACUAAUAUCCGGAACUUGAACGGCAGCAGCUCCAUGGGCAACCCGGAAUCCUCCCUCGAUGAUACCAAUAUCGAUGUGCCUUGCCUCGUACCGAAUUCGCCGAACAAUUCAGGUAACUCUCAACCGCCGACUAGUACGGCGUUGGGUCACAGUCCGGGUCUUCUGGGAGCUCCGAACAGUCCAGGACCCGGAGGUCUGCAACCCUCUUUGCAAGGGGUAAAAGUUCCUGACGAGAAUCUGACACCUCAACAACGCCUGCACCGCGAGGAGCAGCUUGCCACGAUAAGGAAAAUGCAAAUGAUGUUGUUCCCUGAGCGAAAAGAAGAUGGCCCGAACCCAGGUCCUCUCGACCCGGCCCAAGGUGCUCCGCAGGCUACGGGACAAGGCCCCACCAAUGUUGCGAGCGGUCCUUCCGCUGGCCCUCCUGCUGUCGAUUGGAACAAGUUACAGCACCACUUUUUUGAUGGAAAAAAUAAGGUAGGAGUAGGUAGUCCCAACGCAGUGGCUCUGCGGGGAGGUGGUAUGGUUGGCACACCACGAGGUCAAGGACCUCCGCCUCCGUACCACCAAACGACAAGGUCGGCGAGUGUUCCGAUAGCGAUACAGAGUCCGAAUCCUUCGUCGCCGAAUAACCCAACGAGCAAUCUGUCUCUUCCAUCUCCUCGCGCUAGUUCUGCGCUUAAUUCGCCAGCAGAUUGCAAUAGGCAAUUCCAAAUCGGGAACCAGAGACCUGGACAUCUACCAGGACAGAGUCCCACGAGUCAGGACUCUCCGAAUCCUGGAGCAGGACCUCAGGGUGCGACGCAGGGACCGAGACUGAAUCUUAGCAAUCCCGGAACACCCGUUUCUCAUUCACAUCUCACCACGUUAAGUCCUAAUGGAGUUCCUCCGCAGAAAGAUCCCCUUGACUUUCCAUCUAGUCAACCACCCGCCACAGUGGAUGGUAUGUUCUGUCGAACUCUGCAGUCCCUUGCGCAACAGAAGCAGCAGCACGGGGCAGCGGUGAAUCCGAGCGGCGUAAAAGAAGCAAAUUUAAUGCCGGUUCCAAGCCCUCAGCAAAUCCAGUACCUAAAUACUUUCGAAGGGCAAGAACUGACCAUACAAAAACAGCCCAACACCAGCCUGAAGGACACUAGUUUACCAACAACCACGAGCAGCAACAACAACGGCAGCAACGACGUGCAGACUAGAAUGCUCCCCGGUAAUAUGGAGAACAGUAACCAGUAUCCGGCUAGAUCGGAGGGUGCAAGCCCUUCGAUGGAUGGUGUGGGCCGAGGGUUCGGGGGUCCGUUGCACAGUCCGCACACGCCACAUACACCGGGUAAUGUGACGCCACACACGCCGGUCGACACUAUGAAGACUGGAAAUAAAACUACAACGACGACAAGUGCCCAAAACAGCCCUGCACCGCACAAUACUGGCCUACCCGACAGCAUGGGGCCGCCCAGGACUGUACCUGCGUCUCCGAAUACUAAAGUCGACACGUCUCCGCCAUCUAACAAAGAACAACAGCAACAGCAACAGCAACAGCAACAGCAACAACAACAACAACAACAACAGCAGCAACAGCAACAACAGCAACAGCAACAACAGCAGCAACAACAGCAGCAACAGCAGCAGCAACAACAGCAGCAGCAGCAGCAGCAACAACAACAACAACAACAACAACAACAGUUAGUAGGUAACCCCCCAAAUCCAGGUAAUAAUGGGCCACCUCUUGGCCCAGGUUUUCCUUGUAGCAGGCCUUCGGUGAACGUUAAUCAGCCGUCUGAUAACGUUCCGUUGAAUCCUAACAAUAUCGGUGGAAGAUUGGGUGGUCUAGGAGGAUUGAACACGAAUCAUUUCGAUCCGAUAACAUCGCUAGCUCAGAUGAGCCAGCAGUUGACGAAUACGGCAGCGAGCAACGCUCUCGGUGGCGGUGGUCCAGAGGGCUCGAUGCACUCCGGCAACGCUGGUGGUAUGAUGCCCUUCAAUCCCCAUGGAAUGCAGCAUAUGAUGCAGAUGGGGGAGAUGAACGGGUGCCACAUGCCUGGACCUGGUGGUGAACCAGGGGAUGUCGGUGGACUCUGCAUGGGACUCGGUGGCCCACCGACGAGCUACAGCCCGACUCCGCACAGCGGAAGCCCCGGGGGCCCCAAUAAAAUGGGAAACCCGAUGAUGAACCACCCGAUGAUGCAUCCUGGACCUUAUCCCAACGACGGACACGGACCACCCAGGCUGAUGGGGCACGGCCCUGGACCCAGCCCUUACAACGGAGCCAAUGUUCAGGUAAAACCUAGUGCCCCGAACACGAUUCAGUACCUGCCUGCGCGACCGAACGUCGGUCACGCACCCAGGGGGCCGCCGAGUCUCGAUUUUCUCCAGAGGUUUACGAAUCCCCUGUCAAAUCUCGAGUCGAAAAUGCCCCCGACACCGUCCGUCAAUUUGCAAUAUUUUCCGAACGGAUGUGUGCCCAAUAACAUGGGACCACAUUCCGGAAUGUCGAAUAUGGGGGGGAUACCGGGCAUGGGAGGACCUCCGAGGAUGGACGGACAGCCGAUGAAUAAUUCCGUAGGAAUGCAUCCGUCUAUGAGACCAGUCGGUGGGAAUAUGAGACCGCAGCCCAACAUAAUGCGCAUGCAACACAUGGUGGGCGGUGGUGUUUUUCCCGGUGAGAUGAUGAAUCCGGACAAAGUAUUUCCACCAGAAAUGGUAUCGCAGGUACCAAAUCAGCCGAAUCCCGGUAUGUACGUGCCGGGGAGUAAAGGGAGUCCCAUGGGACUCGGACCACCCGACGCCUCUCAACCCUUACCCCCCAGUAUGGGUGGUGCCAGUAGCAAUUUUAAAAGUAGUCCGUUUGUCGGUGGCGGGCCGAGUAUGUCGGACCCGAAUUAUGCUCAGCAAUUUCAUAACUUCCAACAGCAGCUUUACGCCACAGGUACGAGGGGCAGCGGUCCUCCUCACCCAAAUCUUCACCCACCGCCAAAUUCACACUCUCAUCAACAGUUCUUCAUGCCCAAGUAGUUAGUUUGUUACCCAACGGUUUGAGGAGUGCCGUAAAUGCCACGUGCACUGCUUUUGUUCUUUAUAUCGUCGAAGGGAACGGUUUGGAUUUUCAAAACCGGUGUAAUUGAAAGAAAUUGAAGAACAACAAACAAGUAAGAGGAAGAACCGUCCUUCGGCAGAAGGCCAUACCCUUUGUGAUUUUUAAACGACUGUAAAAAAAAGCAACGCGCAAUUCUUCUCCUCUGUAUUUCUUUUAUCAAAUGAUUCCAAUUCCUUACAGACAGCGACGUAACAUCCUCUGCUAAUUUACUUUUUGUAUCUGAAUUCGGAUUAUGGACAGAUUUUUUUCUGCAUUGGUUUCCAACGGCCCGUGUGGAAGGAAAGAAUAAUAUCUCGUAUCCCCAUCGAUAGUCUUUGAUUUGAUAAUUUCGGUGUCGUUUCACCCGAUGAUUGAUGUACCUGAUCGGUAAAUUACUACGUACUUUAGUAAAUUAAUAGAUGAAAUCUAAAAAGAAAAAAAAAAUUGCUUCAAUUUUCGUUGAUGUUCAUACGAAGAUACCAGAAUUAGUCUAAAACCACCUCCGACAGUUCACAGAAUUAAGAUAUCGGGGGCAAUAGCCAGAGGCUGAGAGCUAAUUGUACAAAUAUAGGAUGAGCGACGUCGUGACGGUCAGUAUCGAAUUGGAAAACACUUAUUCUUCCUAACAAAAAGAGAAAAGAAAAAAAAAAAAAAACGAACAUUUUGAAAACAGUUAAAACCCAGCUCAAAUUAAUAAUUGUACAUAUACACGAUAUAUAAAUAGGUAUACCCGAUACAGAGUCCCAUCCUCUCCUUGCCUGUUCAAUUAUCCCCUGACCCGAAAGUUUCCCACCCCCAUGACCAACUCUGUGCAUAAUCAUGACCCCUCAUAGUCGCAUAGCGCAUAAUGAUUUAAGAAGAAUAAAGAAACGAAAAAAGGAAAAAAUUCAAAAUUAAAACAACUCGGAAAAGAUAUGAAGUAAAAAAAGAGCACAGCAAAAGAUAAGGAAGAUAAAGAAAAUGGAAGAUAAUUAUCAAUAAGAAUUAAAGAAGAAAACAAAAAAAAAAGAAACAUAAUAACAAGAAAAAAAAAAAAAUAAAAAGUAAUUGACUAUGAACAAUUAUGUUGUUGACGAAUGAUUUUUAUUAUAAAUGAAAAAUAAAAUAAAGAUAUUUACAAGAA